AUGGAAGACCAUUUCCCAUACGAUCAACCUUUUAAUUUCUCCGAACCCGAUAUAAUCAAUGAGCUCUUAAAUGAACUGAGUGCUCCUUCUGCUAGAGCAGAGCAAAACGACGCCAUUUCGAACCCAGGCAUAGACAUUUUUAAUAUUGAGGCUCCGGCUUUUGAUAUUGAAGACUUUUUCCCGUGGGGGUUUGAAGCGUGGGACAGGGUGGAACAGGCCAAUGACGGCUCUCGUUUCGGAUUCCCACUUCCUACGUCGAUGAUUGGUGCCAAUCUGCCCGAGUAUGAAGCUCAAAACGUUCAACAACAAGGAUCUUCGGACUCUUCUGUUUACGCAACUCGUAACGGUAGAUUUGAUCUUGUGGUUGAAUCAGAGCCUGGCCCAUCUUGUCUUCCAGCUUGUCGACCGCUAUACAACUAUACUGGACAACAUAACUCACAUUCCGGUCAUACGGAGCUUCACAGCGACGUCAACCCUCUUGAUAUCCCUAUGUUCCCAUCCGAUCUCGUCUUCAUGACACCCCCUCCCGAACCCAACGAGAACGGAAAACAACGAAAGAGGGAAGAAGCUCUUUCGGGCAACAACAAUCCAGUGCCGGCGGGUUCAAUAAUUGGUGCCAAGUUCAGAUGCACCCAUCCCGAAUGCAAACGGACGAAAGGUUUCACGAGAAAACACAAUCUUACCCAGCACCGAAGACUAGUUCAUAAAGAGCCCAUUCCAAUCGUAAGAUAUAGAUGGGGAAUUCCGCCGGAGGGAGAUUCGGGAAGGAAGACACAGCGGAGAAGAGGGGCAACGGCAGGUGGGGACGAGUAA